AUGUAUCUAGACAACGUCAGUAUUCCCAUGCGGAUCUACCAGACGGAUAGCGGACUCCCGGGCGACGCGCCAUCGCGGUUGCAGUUCGCGAACCCGACGUUUACGAACUGGAUGGGGACGACAUCUGGGAGCACGAGUAUGCGCGAUCCACUCCGCUUCGUACAUGUUCAAGCUAACGGCGAUGAACAGUCAUCGACUUCCAGUGUAGUCCCGCCGCCCCGUGCCCAGGAAUGGUGUUUCAAGACAUCACCAUCACAAUCCUGA